AUGAGUGUCAGCACUACUAUUCAACCGUCCAAGAAAUAUGCUGGUAUUGUUGACUCAUCAUACAAAAAAGAAAAGAUAUUGGACUUGAGUAAUGGUAUUCUCGGUGGGCAGUUAUUUAAUGCUAAAUAUGGUGUUAUUCCAUGUAUUCAAACAGCAGUGGUAAACCACUACAUUGAUGAAAUUUAUAUCGAUUUAGAAAAUUAUUUAACAAUUUAUUUAUCUCAAGGUUAUGUAAGUACGGAGCGCAUGGACAAUCCGUUGAAUUUAAAACCAGAUAUAGAAAAAGACAAUCAAUUUGAUUGUUUUCGCUGUAUUCAAAUCUAUCAUAUUCCUCAAAAUUUGGAUAAAGUCAAAUUAUUAUUAUCUCAAUUAUGUAACUAUAAAUUGUUCGUAAUCAAAGAAACAACUUUACAAAUGGUAUGUUACACAUCUCAGAGUGGUUUUUAUACAUCUUCCAUCAACAUCAAACGACCAGUAAUUAAAGAUUUAAAAUUAAAUUAUGGUGAAGAAUUUUUAAAGAUACAUGAAAAAUUAAUUAAAACGUUGAAAGAACCCGAUAGUAAAGGUAUUGCAUUUCUACAUGGUUUACCGGGUACAGGAAAAACAUAUUAUAUUCGCUAUUUGAUCAAUGAAAUUAAAGAAAAAAGUUUAAUUUAUGUACCACCUGAUCUUGUGACGGAAAUGUCAAAACCAAGUUUUAUUCCCUUUUUAAUGCAACAUCCUAAUUCAAUAUUAAUUGUUGAAGAUUCUGAAAAUAUUAUAUUAAAUCGUAAAGAUCAAACUAAUCCAAAUCAAGCUGUAGCAAAUUUAUUAAAUUUAUCUGAUGGCCUUCUGGGUGAUGCUAUGCAUCAACAAAUAUUAACAACAUUUAAUUGUGAUGUCACAGGUAUUGAUCCAGCAUUGUUACGAGAAGGACGUCUAAUUGUUGAACACAAAUUUGAUAAAUUAUCAAUUGAACAAACAAAAGCUUUGUGUAAAGAAUUAGGCUAUGAACUAUCAGUAAAUGAACCAAUGACAUUAGCUGAAAUAUAUUCAAGAGGACAAACAACGAUAAAGUCAUAA